CCUCGCGGCGGUGGGUCGUGUCGCAGCUCCGACGAUCGAUGAAAUACGAGCUAUAUUUUUCCGGGGCUUUAAUGAAAAAUUGAUGAAAAUUCGCUCUCGACGGUCGCUGGGACGCAUGUAGGGUGUUCUGUAAUUAAACUUUGUGCGUGUUGGAUGUAUAUUGUUAUGUAGCCGUGUACAAGGUACAAGUGAAAUGUUGUGACAGCGACAUAAUGAGAACACAGAAAUAGUGCUGUGACAGUGUCGAUAGAUCAUUUAUCGAUAAAAUGGCGACGUUUAUAUUCGCGCUAUUGCUGCCCGCGUUUGCCGCGGCCGCGCUGUCUCCCAGUGACACGGACGCUUGUAAUCCAGAUAAAAUGACAGUGUAUAAAAUGGUGCUCCACACGUAUUGGACGAGAGAGAAAUUCCCGAAACAUUACCCAGAGUGGAGACCACCGGCUCAGUGGUCGAAAAUUUACGGUGUCUCCCACAAUCGGUCACACGUUUUGUUCCGUUUGGGUCGUCGGGUUUCGCCUCAAGUGCGCCAGUUUGCGGAGACCGGACGAUCGGACGCGCUAGGCUCCGGUCCGGGGACUUUAGACGUGUUCGGCGCGCCGCCGGUCAGUCAGGGCGCCGGACGCACUGAAGCCCAGUUCUUUGUCGACGGGAAUCAUUCUAGGGUAUCUGUCAUGGCGCGCAUGGUUCCAUCUCCGGACUGGUUCAUCGGCGUGGACAGUUUUGAUCUUUGCGUCGACGGCAAUUGGCUGGACAGCAUAACUAUUGAGGUAGAUCCUCUCGAUGCUGGCACAGACAACGGCUUUUCGUUUACAGCACCGAAUUGGACGACAGCCCCUCAAGGAGUUGCCUAUCGCAUCACUUCGAAAUACCCCUCGCAUCCAGCCGGUUCAUUUUUCUAUCCCCAUUUGAGAAGACUACCGCCUAUAGCGACCUUUCAGUUCAUUAAACUUCGGGAAUACGAAUUAACAGAAGUAUUCCAUCGAACGAGCGACGAUAAAAAAUACGACGUUCUACAACUCGACAAGAUGAGUCACAACAAUAUUGACGUGCUCGAUGGGAACAGGGCGCUCUCUGUCGCAGAGGAAGUGGAACGAGCCGAGCAAGCACCCAGGAUAUACGUUGACGGCGCUUUAACCACACCCGAUGGGGCUUAUUCAUAUUACACUAUUGUCAAUUCAUCGAGUACCACCGAGGAGCCUCGAUCAGCGAACGAGUUGCCCACGUCUGGACCGACCGCGAGUGAGCGCUCGGCUUUGCGAAGUCUGGCGCGCCGGGCCCGAGCGCGGAGGCGACGCAAGCUCCGGGCUGACAAUACUGACCCCGCCGAGCGGAGACGACGGAAAAGGACAAGGUUGCUAAGCUGCCGGGUGUCAGAUUGGAGCGAGUGGAGCGCUUGCCGCAGCGACGGCGGUUGCGUCGGCUCGGCGAUGCGCACGCGGCGGAUCAUACGUCGGCAGCGGCCCGGCGGCGCGCCCUGCCCGCCCACCGCCCAGUCGAGGUGGUGCGCCACCAACUGCACCGCCCACAGCGACGAAGACUGGCGGAACAACCUUACGUAAUUCAUAGAUCAAAUUCAUUGAUGAACUGUACCGUAUGUUUACAAUACUUGAGGUUUCGCAAGACCUAUUAAUACAAAUCACUAUCAAAGCUUAAUCGAAGCUUAAGAUUUGUAUAAACUCUUCCAUAAUAAUCCUUGGAGUACCGACGACGGUCAUUGCUAAGAAAAGAGAACUCAUCUUGUCAUCAAGAUGACUUCUCUUUUAUAUUUGUUAAGCCUUGUAUUAACCUCGGUUUCAUCUAUGAAUUGAUAUAUGUGCAGAUGACUACGAUAGCAUUGUUUAAU